ACCUAGACUCGAUCUUGGUGAUUGGUGUCCGUCUAACGAACCGCUUCGAAACGUGCGCUCUGUGUUGGUUUUAUUUAAUAUAACUUUAGUUCAUACGCGAGUUUAGUGUUUUGUUUAGUUUGAAGAUCCAAAAAAGCUAUUGCCAUUAUGGAACUAAAGGUUAUAGCGAUCACGCUAUUGUUAGCUGUAAGCUGUAACGCUCAAUAUGAAAGUCAUCAACAUAGUGAAGAUUGCUCUCAUCCACCAAAAUACGGACCUCAGAAAUCUGAAUACUCCCAAAUUUCAUACUCUUCAGUCCCUAAGCCCAUUUCUUACUUCAAACCUAGCUACGAAGCUGCCAGUUACUCAGCCCCAAGUUAUUCAGCUCCAAGCUACUCUGCUCCGAGUUACGCAGUCCCUGAACCGAAUUAUGCUUCCUCAAGCACACCAAAAUAUGCUUCACCUAGCUAUGCUGUUCCUGACCCAAGUUACGCUUCUCCAAGUACACCAAAAUACUCAUCACCAAGCUACACAAGCAACUACAAACCAGCCAAGUCUGCUUAUUCCUCAUUAGCAUAUUCAGCUCCAGCUUAUUCAGCGCCAGCAUACUCUGCUCCAGCAUACAAACCAGCAGUUUACUCCACCCCUAAAUACGUAUCCAGCGCCCCUGAAUACAGCCAACACCAAUACAAAAGUGAAUACAAACCAGCUUCUGCCUAUUCUGUAACUACACCAAAAUGCGACGAUACUGCUCAACACGAGUACUCUACUCCAGCGCCAUCAUAUUCAGCAUAUUCUUCUGGUUCAUUGUACAAUAAACAAUCUUAUUCCAAACCCACUUACUCCGCACCUAGUUAUUCUUCUUCUAGUUACUCUUCAUCUAGCUACUCAGCUGCUGGUGCUCCAAGCUAUGCUGUACCAGAACCAGCAUAUGCUUCCCCAGCCCCAGUUUACUCAACUUCAAGCUAUUCCACUCCAGCUCCAAGCUACGCAGCCCCUAGCUCUUCUUACUUGUCUUCAUCAUCCAGCUAUUCUCAACCAAAAUAUUCUGCCCCAAGCUAUUCUUCUUCUAGCUACUCUUCCUCCGGUUACUCCACUCCAACUGCUAGUUACGCAGCCCCAAGCUCUUCUUACUCAUCAUCUAGUUACUCUCAACCAAAAUAUUCCGCACCCAACUAUUCUUCUUCAAGCUACUCCACUCCAGCUCCAAGUUACGCUGCACCAAGCUCCUCUUAUUCUUCAUCGUCUUUAUCCAGCUAUUCUCAACAAAAAUACUCCGCUCCAAGCUACUCUUCUUCCAGCUAUUCCGCUCCUGCUCUAAGCUAUGCUGUACCUGAACCCAUAUACGCUUCCCCAGCUCCAAGCUACUCAGCCGCUGUAUACUCAACUUCAGCACCUAGUUAUGCAGUACCUGAACCCAUAUACGCUUCUCCAGCCCCCAAAUACUCAUCAACCAGCUCCAACUCAUACUCAAGCAGCAGCUAUAAAAUCUCCAAACCCCAAUACAUUGCACCAGGUUACAAACCAGCAGAAUACUCAGCACCUUCUACAUAUGCCACAGCAUCCACCCCAUGCAAUGACGAUCAUGAAUACGCAACCAAAACACCAUCUUACUCCAAACAAUCUUAUGCCGUAGCUCCAUAUUCUCCAUCAGCUUAUACGCCAUCUAAAUCAUCUUAUUCAUCAAAAUCACAAUAUUCUUCAGCUCCAAUUGCAGUAUACUCUCCAUCUACUUCUUACGGGCAAGCAUCUGGAUAUGGUUCAGCUGCUAGCUACUCAUCUCCAUCAUACUCUUCCCAAUCGAGCUACUCUUCAGGCUCGGCAUAUGCUCCAUCAGCUCCAUCUUAUGGACUAUCAGCUUCAUCAUAUGCUCCAUCGGCAUCAGGAUAUGCUCCUUCUGCUCAAGCAUACUCUCAAUCUUCUUACCAACCCAAGGAAUAUGCACCAGCUAAGACCUACUCAAGCUAUGUAACACCGCCUAAAUCCGGACCAACCAAGAACGUUGUCAACAGUCAUUUGGAAAAUUAUGACGAAAACCCCAGGUACGCCUACGAAUAUGCCGUAGACGAUUCGUACACUGGUGACAAGAAGAGCCAAAAAGAAGAACGUGACGGUGAAGUCGUGAAAGGCGAAUACAGUCUGGUCGAACCUGAUGGUUCCAUCAGAACUGUCACAUAUUACGCCGACUGGGACAACGGUUUCUUUGCCGAUGUCAAAAAAACUCCAGCAUCAGGAGCACCAGCUAAAUACUAAUUUCAAAAAUGAGAUACGAUAAAAUAAUAUUUUUGUAAAGUUUUUAUUUUAUUUUACAUUUUAUAUUAUAUAUAAACAUCAAAACUAAGAUGUUUAAAAAGAACUUCACUUACCAUUACCAACAUCAUCGUCAACACACUAUUUAUAAUAAUAUUAUAUUACCAUAAAAUCAUUAUAAUUACAUUUCUUGUAUAAUCUAUCGAUCUUUCUACAAUACUCGUGUAUAUACUUCACAUUUAAGUAAUAUAAUUAAUUAGUUUUUUUUAUGUCAAUAUUCUUUCUAAAUAUUAAUUCGAUAUCGUUAUGUAUAAUAGUGUCAUACAAACAUAUGUAAGCAUAUUCGCAAAAAUAAAAAUACACAUGAUCUCACAUUAAAAAUUUUACCUGUUGCAAAAAUAAUUCCCUGUACAAUUCGAAUUAUCCGUUUCAUCUUUAUGAUGGAUUACUAUAAUACGCCUAAAUAGUCGAUACUAAAAAAAAAGUAUUUUGAAACACAAUAUAAUUCGUUUUAGUGAAAAGUUUAAGUCACAUUUUCUUUAUACGGUGUCCGUCAAUUAAGCUUAUCGACUAACCAAUCAAAAUGACAUUAAAGUUAUGAAUUAUAUAAUGGAUUAUGUUAUUAUUACAUUCUCUCUAUAAUCACCGUUGUAUAUAUAAUAUUAAAUUUUACAUCAAUUGAUCAAUUGAUGUAAACAGUUUUUUGCCCUUUUUGAAUUUAUAUAUAUAUAUUUUUUUUUUUUCCAUUGUUUAUUUAUGUAUCUUAGGUUAAUCUUUAUUAAUUGUAUAUUAUUUGUACCUGUACUUAAAACAAAAAACACCGUAGUUACCAAUAAUA